CGAGUAGGCGCUAUGAGGUGUUUGGCCAGCAGAGGACGCCCAUUCCCUGCUAAAAACAAUUGCCGAAGAAGAAGGCCUACAACUACAGACGUUUUCGUCGUUUGUGUAUGGGAUUUCCAUAAAAGAGGUCUCAAAUUUCGGACCAAAACGACCACUGAGCUCCAAAGUGUGACAAGUGAAGGAGAAGCUUCCAUCUCAUGAAGGGCCUGAUGUGAAGGGUCACCGAGCUCAGACACUUGUCUUCCUCUGAGCAGUAAUUAAGCACAUCUAAGGGAGAUUUUAGUGAGCCGUUGGACAGGUCUGCGCUCAUUCGCUGUCUCGCUUUUAAUAGCAUCACUUCUCUGAUAAGACUCUGAGACAUCUACUUAUUCAUACACAGGCAGGCUUUAAGAGCAGAAUGAGGGAACCCUGGAGGUACCUGCUGUGCUUGUGCCUCCUGGCCUGCUCAGCCUCCUCACACAGCGCGAACAAUCCCUUUGCGGGGCAACAGACCCCUGUGGACCCUUGCUACGACGAUGCCGGUGCAGCCCGCCGCUGUAUCCCAGAGUUCAUCAACGCCGCAUUUGGAAAAGAGGUGGCAGUGUCCAGCAUGUGCGGCCGCCCACCGUCCCGCUCUUGUAGUGUGGUGGAGCGUGGCGACGACCGGCCGUCCGUGCGCACGUGCCAGAUCUGCGACGCCGUCGACCCCCGCCGGUCCCAUCCGGCUUUCUACCUCACAGAUCUCAACUCGGCUCACAACCUGACUUGCUGGCAGUCGGAGAACCUCAACACGUCACCGUACAAUGUGACUCUGACUCUUUCUCUUGGUAAAAAGUUUGAGAUCACCUAUGUAAGUUUACAGUUCUGCUCGCCAAGACCUGAAUCACUGGCCAUCUACAAGAGCAUGGACUAUGGCAAGACCUGGACGCCCUACCAAUUCUACUCGUCACAGUGUCGACGCGUGUACAAUCGACCCAACAAAGCAAGCAUUACAAAGCAGAAUGAACAGGAAGCGCUGUGCACUGAUGGCCACACAGACCUCUACCCCCUCUCUGGAGGACUCAUAGCUUUCAGCACCUUGGAUGGACGACCGUCUGGCAAGGACUUUGACAACAGCCCGGUCCUUCAGGACUGGGUGACCGUCACUGAUAUCCGCGUGGUCUUCAGCCGGCCCCAACAGUCGCGGGAGCUGGCGGCCGGAAGCAACAGUGGAGGAGGAAGGGACAACGACCCCAUGGCGAUGACAUUAACGCUGCCGACGUAUUUCUACGCGGUGGGUGACUUCCAGGUGGGCGGAAGGUGCAAGUGCAACGGCCAUGGGUCACGGUGCCUGAAUGACAAGGAGGGCAAGCUGGUGUGCGACUGCAAGCACAACACAGAAGGACCGGAAUGCGACCGCUGUAAGCCCUUCCAUUACGACCGGCCAUGGCAGAGGGCGAGCGCCCGCGAGGCCAAUGAGUGUUUACCGUGUAACUGCAACCUGCACGCCCGCCGCUGUCGUUUCAACAUGGAGCUGUACAAGCUGUCUGGGAGGAAGAGCGGGGGCGUGUGCAUGAACUGCCGCCACAACACCGCGGGACGCCAUUGCCACUACUGCAAGGAGGGCUUCUACCGAGACAUGGCCCGACCCAUCUCUCACCGCAAGGCCUGCAAAGCUUGUGACUGUCACCCUGUGGGAGCAGCGGGUAAGACAUGUAACCAGACCACGGGCCAGUGCCCCUGCAAGGACGGCGUCACCGGCGUCACCUGCAAUCGCUGUGCCAAAGGCUACCAACAGAGCCGCUCCCCCGUUGCCCCCUGCAUCAAGAUCCCCGUGGUCAACCCCACAGCUGUGGUGAGCAGCACAGAAGAACCAUCAGACUGUGAGUCGUACUGCAAACCAGUGAAGGGCAACCUGAAGAUCAACAUGAAGAAGUACUGCAAAAAGGAUUAUGCGGUCCAAGUCAACGUGCUGGACAUGGAGACGGUCGGCGACUGGGCCAAGUUUUCGGUCAACGUCAUGUCAGUGUACAAGAGCCGCGGCGAGCCCCUGAAGCGCGGGGACAACAUCUUGUGGGUGCACAUGAAGGACCUGGCCUGCAAGUGUCCCAAGAUCCAAAUGAGCAAGCGCUUCCUGGUCAUGGGCGGCAGCGACGGCACGGGCACGGGAGGGGCGGGGCCCGGAGUGGGGCCCGGCGGGGGGACCUCCAACCCCGGGACGGAACGGGUGGGUCUCCUGGCCGAUAAGAACAGCCUGGUGAUCCAGUGGCGGGACGUUUGGACGAGACGACUGAGGAAGUUCCAGCGCAAGGAGAAGAAGGGGAAAUGCGGCAAAGCAUGAUGGGGCCCCACAACCCCGCCGCCUUUUUUUUUUGUUGUUUUCCAGCACGGGACCGCCGCACAUUACCAAGACUGCAUGUACCCUCCAGUACCUGUUUAAGGACCACAUUUUGUGUAAAUUGUAUAAUUAUUGUCCUUUUCUAUUUGUCUUUCCUGUCCUAUUGGUUUGCCUUGAAAAGGGACCAUUAAAAAGGGUACCAAGUGGAGACACAAGCAGACCUUGCCUUUGGAACCAUCCGCUCCGUUUACGACCUGCCUAGUUCUACAGAAAGGAUUUUGAGACGAACCAGAACUCCAGUCCUGAUGGCGGGAUCUCCGCCAUAUUUUAUUUUUUUUAAUCAGCCGGACCACUUGAGAAAUGUUUAUUUGCUGCUCAUUUUUUGUGACGGAGGAUUAGCAGGAACCUUUGACUCUACUCUUGUCUCAGCUGGGAAUUUUCCACAACAAACUGCUGCUGCCUCCACGCUGGACUCAUGCAAGCUCUUCUUCUUCGGAUGAUCCCCCGUGUCAUGUCCUAGACGCAACUAAACAACCGGACUAUUUAGACUGGAAAGUUUUUCGGCGAGUGUUCUGUAUUAUGACAUGGCGGUAUCACGUUUCAUCCCUCGUGUGCUUUUCUGUUUGCAUGCUUGCGGUUAGCGCCGCAACCCUCAAGACGCAUCUCGCCCUCUCAUCCUUUGCCAAAUGACCAUAGUCGGGGGUUUCAAUGUGAUUAAGACGACUAUGGAAGUCAAGGCUCUCAAGAUAAACACAGAUUGGAGGGGUCGCCGGCGUCCAGCUCGCGAGCGCGCUGACAGCCACGUCAUGCGCGUUAGCGGCUGUUUGGCUGCGAGUUUGGUUUGUCCUUUCUCCAAGAGUACCUCUCCCAAGUCAAGACCCCAGCCCCACGCCCCCUCAUGUUGUGUAUGGAGUGUUUUUAGAUAUGUGACAGGUCUUUCAAGAAUGUAUGUCCAACUGUGAAGAACUCACUCAAAUGCAUGGAUAGUGUGAGUUAGCCCUAAGAAUGUCCAUGUCACGCCUCCAAAAAUAACCCUAACCAAAAUACGUUUGGAGCAACAACCGAUGCUUUGACAGCAUUUACUACUGCGGAACCUUCCAAGCCGAGGUGUUCUCUUUCCAAAUCAAUGUUCCCCAAUAGGACAUGAUGUGUAGUGCAUUGGAAAACUACAGAAAUAUAGUAAAAGUACUCACAGAAAGAAGAUUGGCCAAUAAUGGAGAGGGAACUGGAAAUGGUCUGUUGCAAGUAGGGAUAGGUACAUCGUUUGGUACUUUAUUGAGUACUCGCCAAAUUUUGUUGGUACUACUACUGGGUAUCCAUUUAAAGCUGCAAGUAUGCCUGAUAGAAAACGCUUAAACGUACAGAAAGGCUACACUUUUCAAAAUGUGCUAGCUCAAUGCUAAUUAAUAUGGGAUUUGCUGUAGACAUGCUACAGAUUAGCAUUAGAGAUCUUACAUGGCGAUUUCUUUAUUUUUUUUUCCAUUUAAUUUUUGACAUCCAGCGUCACACAUUCCUAUCCAUUACAUCAUUUUUACCUACAGAAAAUAUCUGUUGUCUGCCCUAAAGUCAAAAUAUUUUUUGUUUACAUCCCAAUGAUGACACCAAGACAGCAAGGAAACAAAAUAUUUACAGAUAAAUCAAUUAAAUAAAGAAAAAAUAAAUAAUAAUAAUAAAUUAAUAAUAAUAAUAAUCACAAAUAAAAUAAAAUAAUAUAAUCAGAUAGUAUUUUUUUUUUUUUAAAGGUAGGGGUACAUCAUUUGGUACUUUGAGUACUCACUGAAUUUUGUUGGUACUACUGGGUAUCCAUUUAAAGCUGCAAGUAUGCCUGAUAGAAAACGCUUAAACGUACAUAACGGCUACACUUUUCAAAAUGUGCUAGCUCAAUGCUAAUUGAUAUGGGAUUUGCUUUAGACAUGCUACAGAUUAGCAUUAUAGAUUUUACAUGUCGAUUUCUUUUUUUUUUCAUUUAAUUUUUGACAUUCAGCACCCCGCCUUCCGCCUGAUUGUAGCUGAGAUAGGCGCCAGCGCCCCCCGCGACCCCGAAGGGAAUAAGCGGUAGAAAAUGGAUGGAUGGAUGGACAUCCAGUGUCACACAUUCCUAUCCAUUAUAUCAUAUUUACCUACAGCAAAUAUCUGUUGUCUGGCCUAAAGUCAAAAUAUUUUUUGUUUACAUCCCAACGAUGAAGGAACAGCAAGAAAACAAAAUAUUUACAGAUAAAUCAAUUAAAUAAAGAAAAAAUAAAUAAUACUAAUAAUUAUAAAUUAACAAUAAUAACAAUCAGAAAUAAAAUAAAAAUAUUACCAGAUAGUUUUUUUUUUGUUUGUUUUUUUUAAACGGACAGGUAUAUAAUUUUGUAUUUUAAUGAGUACUCGUCGAAUUUUGUUGGUACAACCGGGUAUCGAUUUGAAGCUGCAAGAAUACCUAAUAGAAAAUGCUUGAACGAACAGUAAGGCUACACUUUUCAAAAUGCGUUAGCUCGAUGCUAAUUGACAUUGGAUUUGCCACAGAUGUGCUACAGAUUAGCAUUAGAGAUUUGACAUGGCGAUUUCAACACCUUUGAAUUAGAUAAUGAAAACUACAACUAAUAUGCUCGUUACAGUCAAACAGCUGGUGUGUAAUGAAUACAAUACCUACAGUAGAAGCACAUUUUCGGGCACGUCAAAAGACUGAUUUAGCUGGAAGGCAAAUACUACUUCCUGACUCGGCAAAAAAAUGUAGUCAAUACACUAGUGCCAUCUAAUAUCUUGGAAUUACAACUGCAUGCAAAGUACUAAAUAAUAUGUGCAAAUGAGACAGAGAUGGUGUAAGAAAACAAGAUACAACAACUGGACAACACAGUUAUCAUUAUCAGCUCACUUUAUAAAAAAAAUAUUUAAGGGACGGCGUGGCGCAGUAGCCGUGCGCAACCCGAGGGUUCCUGGUUCAAUUCCAACCUCGUCUUGUCCGUUGUGUCCUGAGCAAGACACUUCACCCUUGCUCCUGAUGGGUGCUGGUUAGCGCCUUGCAUGGCAGUGUGUGAAUGUGUGUGUGAAUGGGUAAAUGUGGAAGUAGUGUCAAAGCGCUUUGAGUACCUUGAAGGUAGAAAAGCGCUAUACAAGUACAACCCAUUUAUCAUUUAUCAUUUAACACUAAAUGGGUGGCAAGAUGGCGGCGCCCGGACGGGCUGCGACACUGCGGUGCUCUUGCUAAAGAUGGAACAUUUGGCGGAAAUGCCGGACAGUUCUGCAGACUUCAUGGCUGGUUCGCAUCGUGGUCACUCCGUGAUCACGUACGACCGCCAGACACUUCUGGAUAUGGACAUAUUGGGCCGUUUUGGACUGAUAGACGCGGGCGUGCUAAACAUGCUAACUAGCAUGGGGAUUCGUCGGCGGCUACGUCCAGCGGCCUGUGAAGCAGCGGAGUCUAGUAGCAGCGGGGGCCGUCUACGGAGCAGACGCCAGCGGUGUGAUCGGAAACGCGGAUGUCGAGCGGGGCUAAAAACAAAGCAGAAGGCUAAUCCCCACAGAACACCACUUUCCUCCAUCCCGAAGACGGAUUUAGAUGGAAAAUGCGAGACUACUGGUCUGGGUAAGGAGUCUGUUAAAUUAGAACAAGUUUUUUCUGCUUUGAGUGUUUCAGAGUUGGACAUGUGUUUUACUGAGGUGGCUAACUAUGAUGCGUGCAGUUUAUCAAAGCAACAAACAAACAAUCGGAAAAUCCCCGUUACUGA